AUGGCAUCCGAGCGGGCCACAGUCCCCCCGGAUGUCUUCGUCAGCGACCUCUACAAACCUUCCGUCGACCACAAGGACGACGGGGGGUCGGACGAACCCCCAAGCAAACAGAGAUCCGACCCCAAAGACGUUGCCGCUCAAGAACAGGAAGCCAUGGACAUCGAGCCAGAGCCACCUGCAUCUGACGACUCGCCCGACUGGCGCUACCCUUUGCUUCAACGCCUGGUCGACGGCAUUUUGCCCCCGGACCAGGCUGAGGCAAAGCGCGUGGCCCGUCGUGCCAAGACCUUCGUCCUCCUCGAUGGGGAGAUGUACAAGCGAAGCCCAUUGGGCGUCCUCAUGCGUUGCAUCCCACGUCAGGAAGGAGUCAAGCUCCUGCAAGACAUACACUCGGGGGUUUGUGGCCAUCACUCCGCACCUCGGACAUUGGUAGGAAAUGCCUUCCGACAAGGCUUCUACUGGUCCACCGCCGUGGCCGACGCCACGGACAUCGUGCGGACCUGUGAGGGAUGUGGCUCAAACAGCUACCGGCCGUCGUCUGGAGUCUGA